UCGUUAGGAGUGCGUAGAGUAGGUUGGUGUCUGCCGUCCGCUGUCGCCGUUUGCCCGUCGUCACACGCACGGGAAAUUAUUAGUUGUGUUCGCGGGUGUGAGUGUGUCUGUGUGCGGGUGCUGCUGCUUCUUCCAUAUUACGCUGGGACAGUGCAUCGGCGUGCGUCGGAAGAUAAUAGAUACACACACAUGGGCAACACACAACACCAACCGGGAAAUAAUCAACCGUGCGAUCACUAGCACGCUGUGGGAAGGAGUGAGAGAGCAACGAAAAACAGUGUUAACGAUCGCUUCCUUUGUUGUUGCUGGCGGUGUGUGUUUUUGCGCAAAAGUCGUGUGUUGUGUGCGUGCGUGUGCAGUGUGUGAAAAGCCGCAGCCAGUGUCUGUAUUGCUUGAUAAGCAAACGGGUGGUGUUGAUCGUUUAACAGAAGAAAGGAAAGAAAAAACACGGUCCGCGGGCGGGGCGACUCCCGGCGGCGGCGGUCACACUAAUGUUUCGCCGCCGACGACGUCGUUGGGGCGAGAUCGUGUCGUAGGAUCGCGGAAAACCACGCGCAAUAUAAUAUCCUUCCUUUAAGUGUACGCGCGCGUGUGUGUGUGUGUGUGUGUGCGUGUUUGGUUGUUGCAAGUGAGCAGCAGCAGGGUGUGUAAUCCUUCGCGCGAUCACGAUUGGAGCACUCGUGGCCAAACAGCGUCGCCGCGUACUACUGCCCGGCAAGGAGGAGAGCUGCGUUACGAUGAACAAGCUGGAGUACUCGCGGCGCAAUGGCACGCAAAAGAUUCGAAUUACCAUUAUGGGCGCCCGUAAUCUGGCCCGGAAGGAGAUGUUCCGACUGCCCGAUCCGUUCGCCAAAAUUCUCGUAGAAGGCACGACCCAGGAGUACACGACGGAGAUCUGCAAAGCGUCGCUGGACCCGCGCUGGAACUCGCACUACGAUCUGUUCCUUGGGAAGAACGAUAGCAUCCUCAUCACGAUCUACAACCACCGGAAGAUGCCGAAGCGGCAAGCCUUCCUGGGCUGUGUGCGGAUAGCCGCGUCCAGCAUCCAGCUGCUCCGCGAUACGGGUUAUCAACGGCUCGAUCUGGUGAAACGGUCGCAGGAUGAUCCGGAUCCGGUCAAGGGACAGAUCAUUGUGUCGCUACUGUCGCGGGACAGUGCGACCGGCGGUACGCCGCUGGCAAUCGUCAGCCCGGCUGGGGACGUGCGCGUCCCCGAGGAUGACGAUGCCGCGGACGAGUCAAUGAUUGUCGAGCAGCCGCAGCAGCAACAGCAGCAGCAGCAGCCACCGCCGCCACAGCAGCACCAACUGCCCCGGGGCUGGGAGGAACGGUCGGCACAGAAUGGGCGUACGUACUACGUGAACCACUACACCAAGACGACCCAGUGGUCGCGGCCAACGGAACCGGCUGGUCCGCCCGUUCGCCAGUCGGGUAACAGCAAUGCGGCGAACAGCAGCACACCCCUCACCGCCAACGGGAACGUUAAUGGUGGAGGCGUUCCACACCAGCAGCAGCAGCACAUUCUCGGCAGUCCAACCAGCGCCGCGAACGGUGUCGGCGAAGAGUCCGGCUGCCCCACGAUACCGGCCGGUCCGUCCAAGUCCGCCACCAACCACAGCAUCAAUAGUAUUCAGUCGAACGAUUCGGGCAGCCGGCGGCACUCCGCCGAGAUACUGGUCAGCUCGAACAAUAAGGAAAACUGCAUCCAGCAGCACCCGUCGUCGCAGCAGCAGCAUCAUAAUGGGAAGGAGCAGCAUUCGCAGCGAACGGGAAAGGAUGUGGAAAACGGUGGCAGGGGUGAUGCGUUGGUGAAUGGCAAUGCGGGUGGUGGUGGUGGUGGUGGUACACCCGCUCACAAUCGGCACCGGAAUGAGGCGAAAAGCCCCGUCCGCAUACAGGACGAAUCGCUGCUGAUCACACCGAGCUCGUCGAAUACGAGUCCGCUGAGCGAAAUCAAUAGCCCGAUAACGUCGCCCAAGCAGCAGCAGCAGCAGCAGGAUGUGUCACCGCGCUCUGGAAAUGGUGGACGGGAACCGCAACAAGUGUCCGGUAUGACGAAUGCCAUCGGGACGCUCUCGAUCGAUGCACCGCCCGCCCGGUCCGGCACGAACGCAACGAGUGGCGGCGGUGGUGGCGGACAGCAGUGUGUGGUGAUGGUGAACGGUUCCGGUGCGGGUGUGACGAACUACAGCAGCCCGAACCAUCAGCAUCAGCGCAGCACGGGUGAUGCAGGACAGCCUGCUGGUCAUCCGGCAGCGGCGAAACCGACGGUGCCUUCCUACUUGCCGCUGAGUACGAGCAAUGGCACUACGAAUGGGAAUGCUGGCACCACGGGCAGCGCGAACUCGUCGCCCCACAAUGGCGUCAGCAAUCACAGCAGCAGCGCUUCCGCUCCCGACACUGUCGGUGGUGGUGGGGUAGGCGGUGGUAGUGGAGGAGGACGGUCACAGCACCAUCAUGGGACACCGACCACCGGUGGAGAAAGUGGCGGCCAUCGGGAAGGGUCGGCGUCGCGGUACCAUCGCACCCGAUCGGGAAGGCACGCGGAAGAGCCGGGCCGGCGGCGCACUUCCCGCGACAGGCCACCGCGACCACUAAUGGGUGGCGGCGGUAGUAUGGCUCCACCUCCAAAUGCCCGGGCCGCUUUAGUGCCCUUCAUCCGACCGGCGGUCGAUCUUCCCCAUGGUUAUGAAAUUCGCACCACGCAACAGGGCCAGGUGUACUUCUACCACAUACCGACGAAGCAGUCCACCUGGCACGAUCCGCGGAUACCGCGCGAUUUCGACACGCAAAACCUAACGACGGAAACGCUCGGCCCGCUGCCGCACGGCUGGGAGCAGCGCAAAACGGCAUCCGGGCGGGUGUACUUCGUCGACCACAACAACCGUACGACCCAGUUCACCGACCCGCGGAUAAACAUGCACAUCCUGCAGAUGAUCCGGCGGCAGAACAGUGUGGCCGCUGCGGCGGCGGCGGCUGCUGCUGCCACCGGUGGUGGCGGCGUCGCAACGAACGGCUGCUCGUCCUCUCCACUGUCCGGUGCGGGACCGCAGGUGCCGAACGGUACCGGGCCGGCCGGCAGUGGUUCGAGCCGGUAUGCCGCUGCUGCCCUGGCCGAAGCGGUCAACCCAAUCGCCAAUGGUGUAAGUAGCCCGUGGCGGGCGUGUCGUUGUGUGGUGUGCAUAGACAUGCUGCACGGACCGAGAGGGGGCAGUGCAAUAGCGGCAACCGGCAGCAGCAACAGCACCACCACCACCAACCAUGUGACCAACAACAUUCCCGAUCUGCCGCAGGGCCUGAUGGACAGUGCCGAUCUGCUGCCCAAGUACCGGAGCGAUCUGGUCGGCAAGAUACGGGCGCUCCGGCAGGAGCUGCAGCUGCUGCAGCCCCAGUCCGGCCACUGCCGGUUGGAGGUGUCUCGAAAUGAAAUUUUUGAGGAGAGCUAUAGACUGAUCAUGAAGAUGCGUCCCAAAGAUAUGCGCAAACGGUUGAUGGUAAAGUUCAAGGGCGAGGAGGGCCUGGACUAUGGUGGUGUCGCCCGCGAAUGGUUGUAUCUGCUGUCGCACGAAAUGCUCAACCCACAGUACGGGCUGUUCCAGUACAGCCGGGACGAUCACUACUCGCUGCAGAUUAAUCCCGAUUCGUCCAUUAAUCCGGAACAUUUGUCGUACUUUCACUUUGUCGGGCGCAUACUCGGCAUUGCGGUGUUUCACAAUCACGUGCUGGAUGGGGGUUUCACGCUGCCGUUCUACAAGCAGCUGCUCAACAAACCGAUCACGCUGUCCGACAUCGAGGACGUCGAUCCGGAUCUGCAUCGUAGUUUAACAUGGAUACUGGAAAACAACAUAACGGGCAUUAUCGAUUCAACGUUCAGCGUGGAAAACAACAGCUUCGGCGUGCUGAAGGUGCACGAGCUGAAACCGAACGGGGCCUCCAUCGCGGUGACCGAGGACAACAAGCGCGAGUACGUGAAGCUGUACGUCAACUAUCGGUUUAUGCGCGGUAUCGAACAGCAGUUUUUAGCUCUCUCGAAAGGAUUCGGCGAACUAAUCCUUAGCCAUCUGUUGCGACCGUUUGACGAGCGCGAGCUGGAGCUGCUGAUCAGCGGCAUUAGCAAGAUCGACGUGAACGACUGGAAGGCGAACACGCGGCUCAAGCAGUGUACGGCCGACACACCCCAGAUCGUGUGGUUCUGGCAGAUCGUGGAAUCGUACUCGCCGGAAAUGCGCGCCCAGCUGCUACAGUUCGUGACCGGCUCGUGCCGCGUACCGCUCCAGGGCUUCCGGGCCCUCCAGGGCUCGACCGGUGCGGUCGGUCCGCGGCUCUUCACCAUCCACCUGACCGCGGACGUACCGCUGCAGAAUCUGCCGAAAGCGCACACCUGCUUUAACCGGCUCGACCUACCAAUGUACGACUCGUACCAGCUGAUGUACGACAAAUUGACGCAGGCCGUCGAAGAGACGUGCGGGUUCGCUGUCGAGUAGUGUGGGUGAAAGGGGGGGAAGAAAUUUUUUUUGUUCGAAAAAAAAGUGUAUCAUGCUACGGGUGUUUUUUUUUUUAUUUAAAUGCUGCUGUUUGUAAGGGGAAAGAUUUUUUGUUUUUAGAACUUUCUUGUUCUUGUCCACCACCCCCCUCCCCCGGGUUGGUGGGAAGUGGAAAGUGCAAACACACGCUCGAAUGUGUUUGCUUUGAAGUUUGAGUUGGAAUUAUGCCCGUUGCCGAUCCACGUGGUUCGCUCAACGUAGUAAAAACGAAACGAAACGGACUGAAUUGUUUUCCUUUCGGGGGUGCUUCGAGCGGAUUCGAACCCAGUGGUGGCAGUGGUAUGAAAGGAAAAUUAAUUUACCGUCUAUGAAUUGUGCAUAAGGUCCCUGCGAGCCUAUUACUUUUUCUUUGUGUUCAGUCAGUCAAGGCAAACAGUUACAGUCAGUGGGAAUUACAAUUGAUUCGGUUUUGGAGAGGGGAGGGAAAAAGAAAUGAAUUGCCGCUAAAGUUAUUACAAGUAAACACAGAAGAGGAAGUAGAAGAAGAGCUAGUAAAAAAAGCAAUUAUACAAAGUGGAUAAAUUUUUGUAUUUGAAAAAAAAAACAGACAAAACAAAGAAAAGCGUUCAAUUAUGUAGAAUUGCACGUGAACGACGGAAAACGAGAAAUUGAAACGAAAUGGAAAAAAGAUGUUACAAUGUCGAAAGAGAGAGAGAGAGAGAGAGAGAGAGAGAGAGCAGGAGAAAGCAGUAGUGCAGCAGGGGAGGAUGCAAAAAUAACGAGUGAUAUAAUUAUACACGUAUAAAUAUAUAUAUAAAUAUAAAUAUGUAACUGUAAAUGUUAUAAAUGUAUAAAAAAAGUAUAACAAAACAAACACAACAAGAGCAACAGAAAGAGAGAGUGCAACAAGAGCAAUUAGCAAAGAACAGAGGGUAUGUGAACAUGUUUGUAUGUAUGUAUGUAUGUAUUUGUAUUGUAUGUAAUGAUAAAGAAUCCACAGAACAGGAAAAAACGAAUGGAAAAAGGAGAAAAAGAAGAAAGGAGAGAGAGAGAGAGAGAGCUUUGGCGAGAUAUGUUAGAGUAGUUAAGAAAAUCAACCGAAACACUACUCUCACCCUUUCCAAUCCGAUCGUAGGUCGGGCGGGAUUUUAAAAUGUGUCGAGAGGGAGGUCGGCUUGUUUUUAUCGCAGACGUUGUGCUUCAAGCUUUAAUGUUAGAAAUUUUGGUGAGAUUAGACAAAGAAAAAGGUAACAAAACAAACAACACCUUGUGGAAUGCCACCAACCUCCCCUCCCCCCGGGGUAGAUGUAGGAACGAGAACGGUGGUGUUUGGAAAAGGGAAAAAAAGAAGCAUGAUAAUGAUUGUAUUGCCAUGAAAGAUUUGAAUACACAUAUCGUACCCACUCGGGGGGCACUGGGUGAAAAGAGACACCCCGCUGGCGGCUGCUGCCUGGGUUGCAUGAAGUUGUUUAUUUAUUUGUUUGUUUCAAUUUAUUAUUUUUGUUCGCCCUAUCUAUAUUCCAACAAAUUAGUUGUGUAGCAGGGCACAACACACAAGUACCCCAACUAUUCAACUGCGAUAGUAAAUUAAAGGGGUUCAAACCUCGAAAAAGCAAUGCGCGACGCGCUUCCCAACCCUUAACUCCGCCUGGAGCUCUGUGAGGAGGGAGUACGCAAACAUCUCCCUGUCCUCCCGAAAAGAUAUGCCAUUAAUUGUUGUUACAGUGUAAAUAUAUUGGUACAGAGCGAGAGAGAGAGACGUUAGUUAGGAGUGUAUCAGAACAUCGAAUCACCGUUAUCAAACGUAUAGCAUUACACAACACAUGCAGCCCGAACUCAUUUAUAAGAGCACAUUCUAGCAUUUAGCAGUAGCGAAAACUCCUGUUUUGCCUUUUACCCGGGUUUUUUCGAGGCAAUCGAUCGCGCCUCUGACAUCAUGGAGUAGUUGUUACACUUUUCGAAUCGUUCAAUUUUCACCACACGUCUUUGCUGUUCGUAAAAGUGCUCAAACAACCUACCUAAAACGGUGUGUGUGUGUGUGUGUGUUCAUGGGGUAGAAGUACCGAACUCGGAGAAACACUAAAUCAAUAAUAGCAAUUGCAAAUCAAACUAUGAAACAGUCUUUAUAGGGUGAAGGAAAUCAGCAAUCAAAUUUUAAAACCUUACUAGCGAAACAAACGAUUCAUAAACAGUUCAAAAACAACUAUAGUAUAUACAGCAAACCAUUUUGAAACGAAAGCGAAUAGCAUAGGUAACAACAGGUAUUUAACGCGGAAGCAUAAUAACAUGAUAGCGCAAGC